ACCGCCAUUUCUGUCAGUAGCCAAACUCACCGCCGGAAUUUAUGAAUUUUGAUGGUAUUGGCUUUUACAUACCAGGCCCUUCUUCCUCAUCUCCUGCGGUUUUGAAAGAACACAUACAGACGGUUUAAAAUUAUGGAGAUCUCACCACUGUCGAGAUUGAGCUGACAGGUACUGAGGCAAAUUUGGACAUGGGAACUCGAAAUUUUUUAUGGGAUGUUGCAAAGAAGUCAUUCACAUUUGGACUCAUUACCUUCACCAUUUCUGAUUAUGCCAGCAUUCUUCCUGUCCGGGGAGCCUCUAUGAGCCCCACAUUUAAUCCUGGAACCAAUACCACUUUUGGGUCACGAACUGAUGACAUGGUUCUGGUGGAAAAGUUUUGCCUUACAAAUUACAAAUUUUCACACGGUGAUGUGGUAGUUUUCAGUUCUCCAAGUAAUUACAAGGAGAGACAAAUAAAGAGAAUUAUCGGCUUACCGGGUGAUUGGAUUGGAGGACCAUAUUCUUAUGAUGUAGUCAAGGUUCCUAAAGGACAUUGUUGGGUGGAGGGAGACAAUUCAGCAUUCAGCUUGGAUUCAAGAUCUUUUGGCCCGGUUCCAUUGGGUUUAGUUCGGGGGAGGGUCACCCACAUUGUAUGGCCUCCGCAGAGAGUUGGUGAGGUCAACAGAAUGGUUCCUCAAGGCAGACUUUCUCCUAAUUGAAAUUCAAGGAAAGCCCCAUUUUUGCAUGCCAAUAUACUCUCUUUUUGUUUCCUGAGUUUUAUGAAAUCCAGUUCUCUUUGAUUGGAAUUUUUUUCCCUGGUGUUAAAUGAAAUAUAAGUACUGCUUGCAAGUGUUUCCAUACCCCUUUGCAAUUUUUACCCUUUUCAUACUGUUCCUUCUUUGUCUAUUCAUUUUUGACACUUCUAUGCACCCCAUUGAGCGCUCAAAUGUGCCAAGACUGUUGCUUGGAGAUCAUCCGUCUCUGAUCCGUUAUACGUGGUCAACUGCUUCAAUUGGAAUCCAUACGGAGUAUAUAAUUUUGCAUUGUAAUCUUGUAGUUGUUCAGAUCUUCCUUGGUCCAACUUAUCAUGUUGUCAGUUGAAAAUACUUUAUGUGGGUGCGAACUUGAUGGGCUGAGUUUAUGUCCAUAUCGAAUGUUCAAAUGACAGUAUUGUAUCUUUGUCAGGGAGACAUUAUUCAAUGUAAAAUAUCCGUUCUUUCAUGCU